AUGAUGGAGGUGGGCUGACUCGGUCCAUAAGAAGCCUAUAUUUAGUCCAGUCCGUUAGGGUGUAAUGUUUUCCAGUUUUGGCCUUUUGCCUUUUUGCCUUUUGGCAUAUUCAAGAGGCAAAACAUGCGGAUCACAUCUUCAACUCACUUCACAUGCAAACCAAUUCCUCAACUCACAUGCAGUGGUAAAUCAACCCCUCUGUUAAGGCUGGCAUCAUCAUUCCGUUAACUAUUAACGGUCCGAUCCGCUCAUAAGCUAUCCUUUGCAUCUGACGUAGCCUUUUUUCUGAGAUGGAUGCUGAGAGUGGAUUUGGGAAUCUGUGUCUACUUCUCCUAAUCUGGCUUAUGGGCUCCUGGGUUCAAGUUUUCCAGACCCGUUUCCAGGAGAUACUGGAGAGGGGUUUCCGUUUCCUGGCAUGGAGCACCCUUCCGGUGGGUUUCGGUUUCCGAACCUAAGGGGUGGUGCCGGUGGUGAGUUUGACACGGAUUAGUGGAUGGAUAGUUUAAUGAACGGUGGGGAUUCAACGGAUAGUUCUAAUCUUGCUUUCGGUUGCGACGCCUGGCAGAACAAUGCCGAUUUCGGUCUCUACGGUGCCGAUCCGUUCACUACGUGCCCGGCUCAAAUCGAUGUGGCGUGCUCUCCACCAUAUGAUCUCAACCGAGUCAUCUUCUCACCAGACACUCAGAAGACUGCUAACCCUCUCCAACCCCAAACCCAGGUUCCAGCUCGGGCCCCAUCACCACCACCACUGCCGGCGCUGCAGUUGUUGGUUAAAGAGAGUAAACCAAACAAUAUUCCAGCCCAGAACUUACCCAAAAGCGAUGAAGAUGUGCUGACCUCCUCUGGUUCACCGGAAACCGAGUCAGCACUGCCGCUAUUCAGAGCCCUACUUGACCGUGCGCGGUUUGUGGAAUCGGAACCAAAACGGCGGUGAAGUCGCUGAUUCGAAUCCGAGGAUCGAUAUCGAAAUGCGGAGAUCCAACUGAGGGAGUGGCUUUUUACUUCACUGAAGCACUCUGCAACAUAGUCUCUCUCCAAGCAGAUAAAAGACGUUGGUUUUCCCUAAACCUAGAUCCCCAGACCUCUAAUUUUAUUUCCCUAAACAAUUUAAGGGUAUAAAAAUAAUUUAAUUGA